UAUCUGGUUUUCUUAUUAAUGUUUAAAGUAUUCUUGAUUGUUGACCAUAUAAAAAUAACAAAGAGAGUACAGAAUUACCCGUCACAAAUAAUUACAAGCCGAAAAUAACUCUAGAAAUGCAACAGAAAAUGAAGGUGGAUUUCAAGGUGGGCCAAGGUGAUCAAUUCAUUGAAAUGCAGCCAGGAACCGCUAUAGAGAUUCCCCCAGAUGACGAGAGCUCCUCUGACGAAGAUAAAUCCUCUAAAAGCACAUCAAGAGCUAUAUUCCUUGUGCUGUUGUUUAAUGUAUUUCUGAUUGUGGCCGCCAUUCCUGUGUAUUUGUACUUUCGAACUGCAAAUGAGCUAUUGAAACAAAGGGUACUUGACUUUCUAAUUGUCGGUGGAGCCUUCAUAGGCAUCCCCGUGCUGUACUGUAUGGGUGAUCUGUCCGAGGGUAGACCAAACUUCUACUAUAUAUAAUAUUGAACCUUAAAUUACUUAUUUAUUUUCAAAAUUCAAAAUGUAUCGCGCUAUCCAUGCAAUUAAUUUCUAGACU